AUGGCGGCGUCCGGGCGGACCGCGCGUCCAGAGGCGAUGAGCCGCAGGAAGUACAAGGCUGCCCUGAAGAAGGAGAGACGGAGGAAGCGGAGGCAGGAGCUCGCUCGGUUGAGAGACGCCGAGCUGUCGCAGAGAGAGGAGGAAGAGGAUGCUUGGGCCGAGGAGAGGCGAUUAGAAGAAGAAAGGCUGAUGGAGCAGGAGAGGCAAAAAUUACACCAAGAAUGGUUACUGAGGGAAGAGAAGGCACAGGAGGAAUUCAGGGCGAAGAAGGAGAGAGAGGAGGCAGCUCGGAAGCGGAAGGAAGAGCAGGAGAGAAGGCUAAAGGCAGAGUGGGAAGAGCUGCAGAGAAGAGAGCGCGAGGAAGAGGAGCAGAGGCAGCAGGAGAAGAGGGACCGGGAGGAAGCCGUGCGCAAGAUGCUGGAUCGGGCGGAAAGCGAGGUGCAAAACGGAGGCCCCUGGCAGAACCCAGAGCCGCCCGCGGGUGUCAGGGUGCUGGAGAAAGAUCGAGCCACCUGCCCGUUCUACAGCAAAACCGGGGCUUGCAGAUUUGGCGAGAGGUGUUCACGGAAGCACAACUUCCCCGCAUCCAGUCCCACCCUGCUUCUUAAGAGCAUGUUUACAACGUUUGGAAUGGAGCAGUGCAGGAGGGAUGACUAUGACCCUGAUUCCAGCCUGGAAUACAGUGACGAGGAGACCUACCAGCAGUUCCUAGACUUCUACCACGAUGUCCUGCCCGAGUUCAAGAAGGUGGGGAAAGUGAUUCAGUUUAAGGUCAGCUGCAACUUGGAACCUCAUCUGAGGGGCAAUGUGUACGUUCAGUACCGGGCGGAAGAAGACUGUCAAGCAGCCUUUUCUCUUUUUAAUGGACGGUGGUACGCAGGACGACAGCUCCAAUGCGAAUUCUGCCCGGUGACCCGGUGGAAAAUGGCAAUCUGUGGCUUGUUUGAGGUACAGCAGUGCCCAAGAGGAAAACACUGCAACUUUCUCCACGUGUUCAGAAAUCCCAACAAUGAAUUUAGGGAAGCUAAUAGAGACAUCUACCUGUCUCCAGAUUGGGCUGGCUCCUCCCUCGGUAAGACUUUAGAGAGGAGGGAAAGGACCAGCCGCUAUGACGAACACUACGGCGGGUCAAGACGAAGGAGCCUGAGUCCAGACCUCUCCUCCAAGAGGAACGGCGAGUCCGACAGGAAGAGCAGCAGUAAUCACAGGGGGAAGAAGUCUCACAAACACGCGAGGAAAAGUCGUGAGAGGCGCAGGUCGCUGAGCAGAGGAAGGAGAAGGGAUCACAGUCCAGGCCCCUGGAGCAAGAGCCGGAGGAGUCGCAGGAGCAGGAGCCGAAGCCAGAGCCGGAGCUCCUCAAGGUCCAGGAGUCAUGGCAGGAGGGAAUCAGGUAGUAGAGACAAAACCACCCAGAGUCCCAAAUCUAAAUAA